UACCACCUCUCCGUCUUCCCUCCUCCCAGGACCACCCGUUGGAUCUACCGCAGCAAGUCUGUGGAGCAUUUACCUCCUCAUCUGAUCAAGCAGGGAGGAAGCAGCGGACCAAAGGAGCCUGUGCUGCUAAGGCACCGAUCUCUUUUCCAGAUCGCACACAAUCAACGCUCAAAACACCCCACCCUUGUCGACCUCCCGCGUCCCUGAGAGCUGCUGCUAUCCACCGCGGCCCGCCGCUGGAGGCACUGCUGGCUGUGUAGCUCCAACCAGGUGGCAUUGACCCGCUUGCUGUGGAAGUCUUGGACGGUGCUUGGGCGAGCCGCGGUUCAGUCGAUUGCAGGAGCUGUGGUUGUGGGAAGGAGGACCAUCCGGGCCUUGAGGCGGCACUUCUGCUGAGCCAUGCCAACCCUCCUGUUCAAGUACAUCAUUAUCGGCAACACCGCGGUGGGGAAGAGCGCGAUCCUGUUGCAGUUCACAGAGCGACAGUUCCGCGAUGCGCACGACAUGACUAUCGGGGUAGAGUUUGGGGCGAAGGACGUGUCGAUAGGAGAUGCCCAGGUUAAGCUGGAGAUUUGGGAUACGGCGGGACAAGAGUCAUUCCUCAGCAUCACGAGAUCAUACUACCGUGGGACCGACGGCUGCCUGUUGGUCUUCGACAUCACGGACCGAAAAUCCUUCGAGGCGCUGCCGCGGUGGCUGGAUGAGGCGAGGAUGAACUCGGCGAAUCCGGAUCUUUCCGUCAUGCUCAUCGCCAAUAAAGCAGAUCUCGCUGAAAAGCGGUGUGUCACGACGGAGGAGGGGCAGGCGUUCGCGGACAAACACGGCUUGCUGUUCAUGGAGAUGUCGGCCAGAAACGCAGCGCAGGUGGAACGAGCUUUCAUCGGGACCGCGGAAAGGAUAUUCUCGGAUUUAGAGGCGCAUCCACGCAACAAGCCAUCGGGGAUCCAGCUGAAGCCGGAAGAGAUGUCGGCCACGUCCAGAUUCAAGGCAGAAUGCUGUGAAGGGGUCUGAGCACUGCUGAGCGGUUUCUCGAAACACCAUCAUCUGCCCGUCGGGUAAUGUGGGCUCGGAUUGAUCGCCGUGUUGCCGUUUCGAUUUUCAUUUCUCCGUGGCAGGCAGUCAUUCGCGGGGGAAGGACGCCAGUUGUAAGUUCAAUAGUUAAUGCUCGGCAAUUCCUGCAAAGGUGUUUAAGGUCCGUCGCUGGACCUAACCCCUUCACUACUGCCGUAGUAGUUUUUUUUUCCAGAUCUUCCUCACUGCCUGCCUCCAGUGCACACGGUGGUGUUGUCUGUCAGAGCUAGUCUUGAACAAAGCCGCAACGCGACUGUGAUUCAUGGUCUGGUUGCCCUGCCCAAGGUGUUCUGUUCUGGCGUUGCUCGCGCUUUGCCCGUGUUCCGUGUUGGCUGGUGGGCACAAACCCGCUCCUUUUGUGCGGGGGGAAACGUGCCCCGUCUUGGUUGGGAUGGAGAAGUCGAGCAUCUGGGUGCAACCCGCAAGAGACACGUUACCGAUGUCCUGCGGCGAAAUCCGCCAGUUAUCUCGCGAUGAAAGAUAUCGGAGACUCAUCUCACCUGUAAUUGCGUGGAGAAUGAUGCAUGCUGCUCGUCUCGCCUUCUUGAAUGCAUUUGACUGGUGUAUGUAGUAUUUGGGGAUUAGUUUGGACCGCCCCAGCCAUGAAAGCUCUCGUUUUCGGACUGGAGGUAGGCCUGUCGGUUCAACCGCAUCAGUGGUGUGACGGGUUGCCCCUCCGUUCCUCGUGGUGCCAUUGUUUUCAUUUCGAAAUAUGCGUAUUUUGCCCGAUUCCCGUUAUGUUGGAGCAGCACUACAGUAGUCGCGAUGCCUUCGAUAAGAUUUUCGUUCCUUCUGCGUCUUGGCGCAGGUUUGGUGCCCAGCAUCGUGGGCUAGUUGCGGAGGUCGUGCUUCUGUGUACAAUAGAACUACUUGAACAAUUAUCUUGGUAACAUGUAAUACGCAGCACUGCCGCUGUUAUUUGACAAAAGUAGCGUCCUUUUUGUUCCUUUUGUUGGGUUACAUCUGUUGCUUGCCUGUAGUAGACAAGUUGUAUGUCAUUUUCUCUUAACUCUGCAUGUUGUCGUUGACGAUCCUAUUUCAGUAGUGGUUGGUUAAGUUGAAAUUGUUGUAGUGUACUUUCUGUUUUUGAGUCCACCACUGCCGCACAGCGGCAGCGGAAGGCUGGGCGUUACAUGUUUUCUUAUCUCCAUCCUUGGUUUAGUGGAGGAAUUUCUCUGGAUUCUGGGCACGCUGCAAGUGAGAGGUGUGCGAGUCGAUUUUUUUUUUUCUCGGCCCAUAUUGUUACGAAGCUUGACUAUGUCCUGAUCGUGAAUGCCGAUUUGAAGCAACAGGGCGCGCCUUUUAUUUUGUCAAAAAGGAUUUUUGCGGUUACAACAGUGCGAGUGAAACCGAGUGUGGCGGAUCGACGCCAGUGUCGACGCCGAUUCUCGAUAGAGAACUGCUUUCCAGGCGAAGUCUGUCCAUGUUUGAAUGUGAAUCAGUGUAUUUUGAGUUUUACUUCAGGCGCCUCGGGCGUGGUGCUGGUGUGUCUGAAGGAUGCUUCGUCACAGUGUGGAAGUGGGUUAUACAGCAGUAAGUGAAAACAAUGGCUAAGGCCCCCGCGGUCCCCGAAUGGAAUUUACCUUUCCGACUCCCAUGGACCCAACCGUGUGUCGACUUUGUUGAACACUGUAAUCCUUGCGGGAGGGCGCCCAUAGUGCCGGGUGGAGUCCGUUCCCUUCGGACUAAUUAUCUGAUACCCCGGAUGACGUCUACAUUUGCGAAUGUAUGUGUGCAAAAAGAAUGCGAACUUUGUUCUUAAUUACUUUACAGCGUUGCGAAUACAGGCUAGGUGCAGAGAGGGGUUAUCGUUUGUUGCGAUUCCUGCUGGCGAAUGCAUGUGCAUACCAGUAGUACCUUGGGACACAUGCUUCCUUUCGGAUCAUCAUGUGUGUGUUCCACGGGCAAGACUUGACGAUGUGAGAAGAGAACGAGGGCCUUUGUAACAGAGGGGGUUUCAUCUUCGUUGCGGACUCUCGACUCCACCGCACAUUUGAGCUGCAUCGAUCCGUUACGUUCAAAAGUGGAAUGAGACGUUGAAGGGGUGGACGUUUCCUGUCGUUUACGUUUAUUGGGUGGACAGAGGCAGACAUCUCGUAUUUUUUAACUGUGUGAGGACAAUACAAUCAAUUUCUUAAGCCUCGAUUUCUAAGAAGAAUUUCAUGCGAGCUA